ACUUCACUGCUUCGCUUUCAACAGCACACCUCCUAUCUGCUCCUCUCCCCCUCCCUCCCUCCCUCUCUCUCUCUCUCCCUCUCUCUCUAUCUCUCUCUCUCUCUCUCUAUCUCCCUCUCUCCCCCUCUCCCAUCCUUUCUUCUCCCUCCCUCUCUCCCUCCUGUCCUGUUCGCUGACCUGCCUGUCCGAGGGUCGUCUUCCUCCAUAUGAGUGCCAAGCUCUCCCUCACUCAUUUCUCCCCAGAGGACCCAUCAUUCUCUCUCUCUCUCCCUCCCUCUCUCUCUCUCUCUUCUCUUCUCUUCUCUUCUCUUCUCCUCUCUUCUCUCCUUCACCAUCUGUCAUCUGAGUCUGCAAUUUGCCGAUCGUCGCGGAGCUUGAAAUAAAAGAGCCGUGCGCCUCGGUAGCAAGCUCGCUCAGAGUCGCAUCUGCGGCCGCCGGUGCAUGCCGAGAGAUCUAGCAGGCUCAUCGCACCAGCACUAGCACUGUGUAUUAUUACUACUACUACAAGGUCUGCUCGGAUCACUGAGGCUGCUGUCAUUCGCAACUGUUGCACUAUUAGCUGGAACUCCGACACGAGCAGCGGAGGAAAGCACGGGUCCAGAGAACUGAUCCGUCAAUCGUCUUCCCAUCGGCGGGGACCUCGCUCGCUCGCUCGCUCGCUCGCAUUCCUCAGACAAGUGUACAGGAAGGUUAUCAUUUUAGCGCACCAACACCAGCAGCAUUGGAAUUGGUGCUGCUCGAGUAAUUCUCAUCUCCGACGUUCUCCGAGAAUGUUUAUACGCAGUCGACUCAGCUGUCAUGGAUUGGGGUCGGCGGGUAGUCGGAGCUUUUGAAUAGCGAUCCUCUAUCUGCAUCAGCCCCCGCAUCUUCCAUCGCAUCGCAUCACAUCACAUCACGUCCGCCUCUCUCUAUAUCUCGAGCAGACAGCUGCUUCUCGCCUCUCGCGGACAGGAUAACUCUUCGGCUCCGUGGGAAAAGUGAGAGAAGACGAGUCAGUGAUUGAGUGAGAGAGAGAGAGUGGAAGGGAGGAAGGAAGGAAGGAAGCAAUCAAUCAAGGAAGGAAAGAACUGCUUUGCUCAGUGCAGUGCAGUGCAGUGGAGUGGAGUCCAGUGGAGUCCAGUGCAGCGCACUUGAGAGCUCGGGGGCUCGAAAGGGAUAGAUCCACAGGAGAAUGCGAGUGCAUCGAGGGGGAGUAUCCAUCUAAGCGCAAGGCAGGAGGAUCAGGCAUCAGAGAGUCGAGCAGCGGAGUGAGAGGGCAAGUCAGCGAAUCUGGGGCUCCUCACGAAAGCGACAGUCGAGGUGGGCUCGCGAGGGGACGAAGAAGGGGGUCUGAGCACGAUGAGCUCGAGGUACCAUGCCCAGAGUAGCACCGUGGCGGUGCCGCGGGCUCUGAGCUCCAUCACGGCGCACCCUCUCCCGUUCUGCGAAUGGCUAAAACCGCACCUGGCCCCGCCCGUGACGCAAUUGCCCGUGGCCAUCCCAUUCACCACCGAGGACAAUGCCGGCACAUCAUUCAGCGUGUCGGGGCCUUCGUCUGGCGCCGAUUCGCCCGCCUCGGGCGCUUCCCAUUACAACAUGUUCGGUGGCGCUCACCACCAAUUCUUCCAAACUGCCACCACGCACUACAAUCACCAAAGGCGAUGCCCAUCGCCAGGCCCCUCUCGCACCGCCCAGCCCCUCCCGUUUCUGAGUCUCAGCCCCCCGACCAACAACAACAACAACAACACCAGCGGCGGCAGCAGCAGCAACAACCACCAUCACCAGCACCACAACAGCCACAACAGCCACGGCUCGUCGGGGGCGGCGGCGGCGUCGACGACGACGGCCAGCAAAUACCAGCAGAGCCAGAACCAGAAUCACAAUCACAAUCACAAUCACAAUCAGGAAGAGGUGCCGCUGCGCACCGCCAUCCUGCUGCCCAGCGCUUCGUCGUCCGGGCCCGUGGACGACGAGCCGGACGAGAAUGUGACGGUGGCGCUGCACAUCGGCCCGCCCACCUCGUCCGACUGCUCGCUCAUGAGCAGCCUGCGCAGCUCCGUGGUCGAGGGCAUGAUGGGCAACCUGAACUACGAGAGCCCCAUGGGCGGCCUCGACAAGGACCGCUUCAACCGAGCUCGCGGCCGCCUGCCCGACGGCCAGUACUGGAUCCCCACCCCCGCUCAGAUCCUCGUCGGCCCCACGCAGUUCUCGUGCCCCGUUUGCAGCAAGACCUUCAACCGCUACAACAACAUGCAGAUGCACAUGUGGGGGCACGGGUCGCAAUACAGGAAAGGGCCGGAGUCGCUGCGGGGCACGCAGCCGACGGCAAUGCUGCGGCUGCCGUGCUACUGCUGCGCGCAAGGGUGCCGGAACAACAUCGACCACCCGCGCGCCAAGCCGCUCAAGGAUUUCCGCACGCUGCAGACGCACUACAAGCGGAAGCACGGGCAGAAGCCGUUCAUGUGCCGCAAAUGCAACAAGGCCUUCGCCGUGCGCGGCGACUGGCGGACGCACGAGAAGAAUUGCGGCAAGCUGUGGUACUGCAUAUGCGGGUCGGAUUUCAAGCACAAGCGCUCGCUCAAGGAUCACAUCCGCGCCUUCGGCAAUGGGCACGCGCCGCAUGGCGUCGACUCGUGCGAGGACGAGGAGGAGAACGCGUCGGAGGACGAUGCGGACGAGGACAUGUCGGCCGGAUCGCAAUGACGAGAGUGCCCUGGGAGCCAGUGAAUUUCUUCGCCAUCCACAUCCAUUUCAUCCGCCCUCGCAAUAAGACUUGCUUUGUAACAAGCCCUCUCUUAUCUUUGUAUCCCCUACACACAUUUAAGAGUGGUUUGCUACUCAGCAGCAAUGUACCUUGCAAAGAUUAGAUCGGAUCGUAGACGUAAAACUCAGUGCGUGGGGCUAAUGAGAAAUGCUCUCUCCAUGAUCAGCCCGCCCAGCCCACUCGAGACAUUCUUGUAGUCUUAGCCUUUUAAAAGAAGUACUGCUGAGGUCGAGUGACCUUUGAUCGAACACACACCUUCGACUUCAGAUGGGCAUCAAGUCAUCGCCCUGACCAACUAUCCAGCCAGCCACCAACCAACCGACGAGCCAUCCAGUCAGUCAGUCAGUCAAUCAGUCUGCCAGCCCGGUUAGCCUCUCCAGCAACAACAGCAGCAACAACAACAACAACGACAACAACAGCAUUCACACUUUUACACUUUUACCCGAUCAAGCGUUUAGACAGACCAUGACAGCAGCAGCAGCUCAGACUAUCCUUCGACCUCGCAUUCUCGACCUUGCUCAACCCUUCAUACCUUCAAUACGGCAUUUUCUUGUAAGUAGAACACUCUUUUGAAGGGCUUUACAGAUCAGGGAGAAGCAAUUGAGAAGAACAGAUUAGACCCACCUGUGAAAACCCCCUUAUAGGGCUCUUGUGUUUACAGUCACAUUCUUUUCAUUAGACCUAAUGCAGAUCUGCAGUUUUCAAGGCAAGAAUCGAGUUGAAGGCUGUACCUAUAAGCAACAUGUAAAUGAGUCAUUUGGGUAUCUUCACUUAUUACUCUCGAG